AUGGAUAUUCCUGUUGUAUCUACAGCGACAACAUCAGUAUCGAGCGGAGUGACAUCAAAUGGACACCAUUCACUUUCAUUAUCAUCUUCAUCUGUAACGACUUCUUCGACACCUUCUUCAUCUUCAACCAACAACAAUACUGCUGGUAGCAGUGGUAGUAUGAGUAAUAGUAGCAAUAGCAAUAGCAAUAGCAAUAUUAGUAGUAAUAAUAAUACAACAGCAACAACAGCAACAAUAUCUUCAAGUAAUGGAGGUAAUAGCAAUGGUAAUGGCAAUGGUAGUGGUAGUAGUGGUGUAGGAACGGAUAGUGAACAACAAGAUGAACAACUAAAAAACAAUAGUAAUAGUAAUAGCAAUAAUAAUAAUAAUAAUGGAUCUGGUUCAAGUUCGAAAGCAAAGAAAAUUACAAUCUCUUCUUAUGCCUCUUCUAAUCAACACUCUACUACUACACCGAUGAAUGCACAGAAGCAAUUGGAAGAUACACUGUCUUGUCCUAUCUGUCUCGAUAUCAUCAAAGAACCAUUCAUUACGAAAUGCGGUCAUUCUUUCUGUUACCAAUGUAUUCUAGUACAACUAUCGAAGCAAUCAUCAUGUCCCUUAUGCAUGCAUUUCCUCUCUAGAGAUCAGAUAUUUCCUAAUUUUGCAUUGAAUAAAUUUGUAGAGACAAUGUCACAAACCAGUCAUUUAGUAUCGACUCCACCAGUUAAACAACUUCAACAUACUUUAUUAUCAACUGAAUCUAUAUCAAUCAAUGAUAUCAAUAGUAUGGUAGCAGCAUUGUUGGAAAAGAAGAAAUUGAUUGAACUACAAGAUCAACAGGUUGAACUUGAUAUUCUUUUGGAUUUCCUUGUAAAGACAAAGUCACAGAAGAUGGAAGCAUACAGAUUGUUAAAGAAACAGAUAUCGUUAUUGGAUCACGAUAUCGAUAGUAUAGAAUGUCAACAAAAAGAUUCAUCAACAAUUUCAUCAUCAAUAUCAUCAUCAAGUAAUAAUAUUAAUAAUAAUAACAACAACAAUAAUAGUAGUAAUAGUAAUAAUAAUAAUAAUAAUAAUAGUAAUAGUAGUUUUAAUAAUAAUAAUAAUAAUAGUAAUAGUAAUAAUAAUAAUAAUAAUGAAAAUGAAUCAAUUUUGAAUAAUGUAAAUAUAAGUGAUGUUAGUAAAGAGCAUUUAAAGGAGGGUAGUGUCAGUAGUAGUAUUAAUAAUGGAUCAAAUGAUAGUUUAAGUUCAUCGACAACAUCGACGACAACAACGACGACGACAACGACAAGUUCAUCAUCAUCAGAUAAGUCAGGAUCAUCAUCAUCAUCAUCAUCAUCGAAAAAAGAUAAACCAAAUACAAUGUUGAAUAAGAAAAGAAAGAUAGAUACUCAUUUAGAUGAUUUACAAUCAUGUUAUUUCUCUGCAUAUGAUCAAGAACCGGAACCACCAUUGGAAUCAAAUACAGAAUCGAAUCAACCGAAAAAACUUGGAAAAGGACUGUUGAGUUUCUCGAGGAAUCUCUCAAAGUUUACGCGAUACAACGAUUUCCGUGUGAUAACAACACUAAAGUAUGGCGAUUUGAAUAAUACUUCAUCGAUCGUUUCCAGUAUAGAGUUUGAUAAGGACGAUGAGUUCUUUGCGACAGCCGGUGUCACCAAGAAGAUCAAGGUGUUUGAGUAUGCACAGUUGAACAUUCGUGAUCACGUCGAUAUUCACGUGCCGAUAAAGGAGAUGACCUGUCGCUCGAAGAUCAGUUGUCUCAGUUGGAACACCUACAUCAAGUCGCAGAUUGCCAGCUCCGACUACGAGGGUAUCAUCACGCUGUGGGACGUCAACACCGGCCAGGAUGUAAUGUCGAUGGAGGAGCACGAGAAGCGUGUGUGGAGUGUCGACUUUUCGCGGACCGACCCAACGCAGCUUGCCAGUGGUUCGGAUGAUACGCGCGUCAAACUGUGGUCGACAACAUCGAAGCGCGCCAUCACAACCAUAGAGAGCAAAGCAAACAUCUGUUGUGUAAAGUUCAAUCCUAGCUCGUCGCAUCUCAUUGCAUUCGGUUCGGCCGACCACCACAUUCACUACUACGAUCUUCGUCACCCGAAGGAGCCGCUCUCCAUUUUCAAGGGUCACCGCAAAGCAGUCAGUUACGUCAAGUUUAUGAAUCGUGAGGAAAUCAUAUCGGCAUCGACAGACUCCACGUUGAAACUGUGGAAUGUCAAUCAAAAUGAAUGUGUUCGGACCUACGUAGGUCACGCCAACGAGAAGAACUUUGUUGGUCUGACAGUGAGCGGUGACUAUAUUUGUUGUGGAAGUGAGAACAACGGUGUAUAUACAUAUUACAAAACAUUAUCAAAACCAAUUGUAACUCAUAGAUUCGGUGCAAAUUCUGGAAGUGGAGAAGAAACAGAUGAUGAUGGAUCACAGUUUGUAAGCUCAGUAUGUUGGAAGAAGGAUUCAAAUAUAUUGUUAGCAGCAAACAGUCAAGGAAAUAUUAAAGUCCUAGAAUUAUAUUAA